AUGGAUUUGCCUCAAAUCGAGUCGCUCGGCGAGACACUAUCCGCAUCUACUGAGCAGCAGCGCAAGUUAUCUGUGCGCGGCACGACGUCGUCGCUAGCUGUUCGGUAUGAGCACUGGCGGCAGCUUCUGCUUGCGGCGCGGGGGGAAUUGGAGGCCUUGAUCGACUUCUCCGAGGACCAGCACUUCGAUGAAUCACCUGCCAUAUUAUGCGCCUCUGUCGCCGAACAGGUCCGAGCCUUGCGCACCCAAAUGGAGGCACACGUUGCGAAUGCCGUACGCGGAGAGUUGCUGCGGAACGGCAUAAGCGUGGCACUCCUUGGAGCGCCGAAUGCCGGAAAGAGCAGCCUGCUCAACCGUAUCGUCGGUAGAGACGCGGCAAUCGUCUCCCAAGAAGCCGGAACCACACGAGAUGUUGUCGAAGUCGGCGUUGAUUUGGGCGGGUGGCUUGUGAAGAUUGGGGACAUGGCUGGCUUGCGCAGAGCUGGUCUUGUAGGAGCAGAGGCUGUUGGUGCAGUUGAGCAAGAAGGCAUCAAGCGGGCCAAGCAGCGUGCGCUCGAGUCGGAUGUUCUGAUCGUCGUUCAAGACGCCACAGCCGAGACGGAUCCCGAAGUUAUGGAGACGGCCAAGAAGUGUGUAGAUCUUGGUGUCAACGUUGUCGUCGCCAUCAACAAGAUUGACCAACUCGACAACGUCGCUUUUCUAGAGCACACAUGGGCAAUGCGAAUGCAGUCCGAACUGGGCAUCUCAUCUGAUCGAGUCACCUUCAUCUCUUGCAAGGCAUCCGCAGCAGCAACGUCAUCAGAUCCUGGCCACAUCCAGAGUUUCCUGACCACCCUUCUCGACGUCUUCAAAAGCAUGACUGCCGCACUAGUGCCAGAGUCGGACCCCGACCCCGGACUUUGGCAAGAGUCCCUUGGCGCAACCGAGCGUCAACGUCUCUUACUCUCCGAAUGUCUCGGCCACCUGGAGACCUUCUUAACGACCGUUGACCCACAUUUGCUGGCGUCAGAGCCUUCUCCUACCGACCCGAACGAUGAGAUAGAUAUAGUUGUGGCUGCCGAAUCACUGCGCUCGGCUGCCGAAGCACUGGCUCGGAUUACCGGCCGUGGAGAGGGCGGCGACGUUGAAGAAGUUCUAGGUGUCGUAUUUGAGAAGUAA